UGUGCGUUCAGUAGUUUAGUUUUAGUAUCAUUAAAUACUUAAAUGUUAAAAUAGUAAAUAAAUAAGUUACAUAAAUAAUAUAUUUAUUGCGAAUUGAUAUUUUUUUGACAACAGGAUGAGCAUAUUAGUCGAUAAGGAAUUACGAAUCAUGUUCGAAGACCGAAAUUUUAUUAUACUUUAGCCUGUAAACUACAUGACUGUCGAUUCUGCUGACGAAAGCCAGAACCUUAUUUCCAAUGCCAAUAGUGAUGUCCAGUCAAUGUUAAUCUGAAAUUCUUAGACGUUUGGUAUCAACACUUAUACCUAUUUUAAAAUUUCCAGAAUGAAUCCUCAAGAAAUUUCGAUUCCAGUUCCUUGGGGACAUAUUGCUGCAAAAGCGUACGGCGACGACACCAGUCCCGCCGUGCUUUGCGUGCACGGGAUUCAAGACAACUGCGACACGUUCGUCACGUUACUGCCGUCGUUGCCGGAUGACUACUAUUACGUGUGCAUCGACCUGCCCGGCCACGGCCGUUCCGACCAUUUUCCCGCGCACGUGCCGCUCGAGUUCACCAACUAUUUGGCCGCCAUCAAGUGGGUGAUGGAUCACUUCGGCUGGCCCGAGCUGGCGUACCUGGGCCACAGUUUCGGCGGACAGCUGGGCUCGUGGUUGGCGGGCGUCUACCCGGAACGCGUCCGGUGCCUGAUCGUACUGGACACCAUGGGGCCCCGGUCCGUGGACAUGGGCGACACGCUGGCCACGAUCCGCGGCCGGAUCGACGACGCGCAGUCGUUGCACCGCCGACAGUGCGGCCGCCGGCCUCCGGCGUACACGUUUGCCGAGGCGGUCGCGAAAAUGAUGGCCGGCCGGCCGUCCAAGCUGACGGACGAAUCCGCGCGCAUACUGGCCGGCCGGGCGUUGGCCCGCGCGGACGGCGACGGCGACAAGUACACGUUCGCCAGCGACCAGCGACUGAAACUGGCGUUCUACCCGGUGAUGACGUUCGACCAACAGAAGCAGAUCCUGUGCGGCGUCACGUGUCCGGUCGUGUUCGUGUUGGCCGACGAGAACUGCGGCCGGUACUCCACGUACCUGAAGGACGCCUUUGAGUUCUACAGCAAACGGCCGAACGUCACCAUCCGCGUGGUCGGCGGCGACCACGACGUGCACUUAAACCAUCCGGACAGGGUAUUCAGACACGUGACCGAUUUUCUGCAAGAGCAUUAUAAAAGCUGAACUCGCAGUAAUUGCAGCAGCACGACGUCACGACGCGCACAACGCGGAUACAAUAUGUGACUAUUGAUGAUUAGCACUUAUACAGUUAUACAUGUGAUAGACGUUGAAUUUGUAGUGUAAUAUAUAUAAUUUUUAAAUCUAAUAAAAUAUAUGUUUAUGUACCUAUGUGGUUACCGAUGAAAGACGGAUAAUAUGACUUUAUUUAUUAUUUCACGUACAACACCUAUUCUAUAGGCGCUUGUAUGUAUGUACCUACUUACCUAUUUGGCUAUUUAGAUAAACCUGAAAUCAAUGUGCACAUAUAUUCGGAUCACAAUAUAUUCAAAAUCGUGAUAUGUCCGUACCUGUACAUUAUAUAGGUAUAUUAUUUAUGUAACCUUAAAUUUCGAAAUUGGAAGGGCUGCCGAUAAGUCUAUAUUUUUAUGUACCCAUAUUUUAUUUUAUAGCGACGCAAGUCAUGAUGAUGUACAGAAUCAUCCGUUAGGUUUAUUGGUAUUGUAUAAAGGAGAUGAAAUGUAAACGGAAGUCGACAGUGUAGCAUUGAAUAGAAAGGAGAAUGUUUCGUUGGAUGACUUAUGUAAGAAUUGCACACGUUGCGUUUUUUGACGCGUGAAACUUUUCAUAAAUAAAGACAGUGUGUCAAAGCUAUUGUGUUUUUAGUGUUUAAAUUUCCCGGGAAAACUUUCCACAUCUCUUUUAAUGCACAGAUUUGUCCGAAAACUCAGCAAGUUAACUAGUGGUGAAAUGUAUUUGUUGUCAUUUAACAUACAAGAUUAAUUAAAACAACCUUUUUAAACCGCAUUUUGCUUCUCGACACUACGUCAUUGUAUUGUAUACCCAUACAAUGAUUAGAGCUCGGAUUUCAAUGCAUUUGCAUCUUUUUUGGGGGGAUGUUGUACGCAAUGCUUUUCAAGCUACAAAUAUGUUUUAAGUACUCCGUGUUCUAAACACGACAUUUUUUUGGGACUUUUUGUGUUUUUAGCGGAUUUUAUACUUUUUGGACAUUUUUGACCCAUUUCUCGAAUUAUGACUAAAAAAAUUGACCUCAUUGAAGUAUAAAUACUAUAACUACAUAGUAGUACAGUACUAAGUAAUAUAAAUUAUUUUCAUUUUGAAUUUAACAUCAGGUAAUCCGGUUUUAAAUAAGACUAAAGACGAGGCUGAAAUUUAUCUUUAUGUCAUACCAUCCAAUUAGCCGAUUUUAUUGCUUAGUCACAAAUAAACAACUUUUAUCGGAGUAUUUUCUUAUCGAACGAUAGUAUAUUAUAUCGGUGGCCACCUAAUAAUAAUUUCAAUUCAUUUUAUUGAUAAAUGCUGCGUUUUUUGAAAGGGCAUUUAAAUCCGAGCCCUAAUAACCAUCGUUCAUCACAAAUAGCCAACUCUGACAUCGCACGCGCCUUAAUCCAACCAAUGCAACACUCAUCCGUGCGACUCCUAUUGGCCAUUUC